GAAAAGAAAAAUAAGCACUUUUCCAACAAAUUUUCCCAAUGGGCGACUCCAACAAAGAAGAUAUUCUGCGCCUGCCGAACGGCGAAGCUCUGACCGGAGAUGAGGUUAAGUCGCCGUUUUUGAUUGGCGUGGCUGGAGGCACGGCCAGCGGCAAGUCUACCGUGUGCAAGAAGAUCAUGGAGCAACUUGGGCAGGCCGAAAUGGACCAUACACAGCGCCAGGUGGUGGCUAUCAGCCAGGACAGCUUCUAUCGCGAGCUGACAGCCGCCGAGAAGGCCAAGGCACAGAAGGGCCUGUUCAACUUUGACCAUCCGGACGCCUUCAACGAAGAGCUGAUGUUCGAUACACUUCAGGGCAUCCUCAAGGGUCACAAGGUGAAGAUACCCGGCUAUGACUACCGCACCAAUUCGCUGGACUUUGAGAACAUGCUCGUUAUUUAUCCGGCGGAUGUGGUGCUCUUUGAGGGCAUACUGGUGUUCUACUUUCCCAAGAUUCGGGACCUCUUCCACAUGAAACUGUUCGUGGACACCGACUCUGACACUAGACUGGCACGACGCGUGCCACGUGAUAUCAAUGAGCGCGGCAGGGACCUGGACGCUGUGCUCACCCAGUACAUGACCUUUGUGAAGCCCGCCUUCGAGGAGUUCUGCUCGCCCACGAAAAAGUUUGCUGACGUUAUAAUACCGCGCGGUGCCGACAACACAGUUGCCAUUGAUCUCAUUGUACACCAUAUCGGGGAGAUACUCGCCAACACCAACAGCGCACAGCACAGCCACACAAUCAGAGCUGCGCCGUCCAGCAUGAAGAGAGAUCACUAAAGUGCAUAAGCCUAAGCCUAACCGACCACCACCCCCAGACCCCCAAGGCCCAGACUAAGGCGCGUCGUGUCCUCUAAGCUUAUAAGCUAAUUGCCAAAAUUAAGAAUCGCAGAAAAAAACCAAACUAACAGAGAUAAACAAAGAACCUCCUUCUCUAUACUUUAAGCGCGGGCAUCGCUCCUCAUUUCGCUCCUUAUAAUCCACUAAUAUAGCCCUAAGAUUGAAAAGUUCUAUAUCUUUAGCUAUAAUCUUCUCUACUAUUAUUAUUACAAUAUUGAAAUAUACAUGGUAGUGUAAGCUCGUUUUUGUUCCCAUAACGAUAACAUAACAUAACCCAAUGAUUUCGUUUCCAGUCUAACUCUGGCCUAAGCUAUAGAAGAAUUGUUACAGUGAUAAUAUUUCACAAAACUGGGUCUAACCUAAAUGCUCCUUUGCUCUGACUUUUUGUAAGGUUCCGUUCCUAAGCACUCAACUCUCACCCGAAAAUCACACACAUGUCACAACUCUAACUAUUGUACUAUUCAUAUUUAUAUAUACCCGAUACUUGUAGAUCAAUAAUUUGCUUGCAACUCGAAUAUAUGGUUGGUCUGUUCUCAAAUAUAUUCGUAACAAUUUUGCAAAUGUUCCAUGAUUCUUUCCCACGUAUAACUAGAGGCUAUCAAAUACCAAGAUAUCGCAUCAGGAACAGAUUCCAUUUCAAUUUUCGUUCGAUAUUUGAUAGGCCGCGCUGCCUACACGGCUUUGUAUUGUCCUGGGUAGCUGAGUCGAUCCCAGAAUCCAACAAGAAUAUACACAGUAUUUGACAAGUUGGCGACGGGCACAUGUCGCACAUGUGUCCCAAGAAUCCAACGACUAUACAAUUUUGUUGUAUUCCAGAAUAUUCCAGAAAUGUUGAAGAAAACCCUUUUUAAUAAAACAGAAACGUUGUUGCAGCCACGGUUGCCACACUUGUCGAUUUUUCGCAAAAACUGGUGAUUUUUUCCACUGGUUGGCUCAAUUUAAUUGAAAUUUAUAAAUAUCAGUUAUCCAUGUUGGCGAUUUCGGAUUGUUUCAUAGAGAAACCGUGGUUGCAGCUAUUAAAUAUCCUAGGAGUUAUAUUAACAAUGAGGAUAUCUGUUCCUCUAUUUUUAAUUAGCGCUCACUAAAUCAAGUAGAGGGUACACCACACAGUCGGAACACCCGACUAUAGCGUUCACUAAUUGUUGUUACUGAUAAAGCUAGCCGUAAAAAAUCUAAAUAUACAUAAAAGACGAAUUGGAUAAAUAAAUGUUUUGUUUAUUAAGUA